UCUCGGACCAACCCACCCCACCGACGACGGUAGGUCGCUCGCUCGCUCCUCCGAUCCCGAUCUCCCCCCGCCAUGGCCCGCGCGGCCACCUUCCUGGGGUCGCCAAUCCUCCUCCUCUUCCUCCUCGCUGCCGCAGCGUCGGGCGCGCGCCUCCCGGUCCGCCCCGGCGCAGCCGGCCGCGCGCAGCCGCGGGGCGCGUCGGCGACGGCGGUGUUCGGGCUGGGCAGCUUCUGGCGGUCGGAGGCGGCGUUCGGGUGCCUACCCGGCGUGCUCCGCACCUCCGUCGGCUACGCGGGCGGCUCCAAGGCCAGCCCCGAGUACCGCAACCUCGCCGACCACGCCGAGUGCGUCAAGGUUGAGUAUGAUCCCCGGUUGAUUCAGUACAAGCAGCUUUUGGAUGUGUUUUGGGCAAGUCAUGAUCCACGGGAGGUCUUCGGACAAGGACCAGAUGUUGGCAACCAGUAUAGAUCCAUCAUUUUCACAAAUGGAACCCUCGAGGCUAGACUGGCUGCUCUUACCAAAGAAAGAGAACAAGCUAAGGAUCGCACCAGUGUCAUUACCACAGAGAUCCACCCAGUGGGUGCAUUUUAUCCAGCUGAACCAGAGCAUCAGAAAUUUGAGCUGAAGCGCAAGCCUUUCCUUGUUCAAUUGAUCGGGAACCUGCCAGAGGAGGAGCUCCUGUCAUCCACACUAGCUGCGAAACUGAACGCCUAUGCUGCCGAGCUCUGCCCUCCAAAGACCCAAAAGAGAAUAAGCGCCAAGAUUGAUGAGAUCGCUAAGAAAGGAUGGCCCAUCCUAAGGGACAUUUAGCUCAUUCUGCCCAAUUCUCAUCAGUUUUUCCAAUCCAACAUAGACACAAGAGAGCUGCAUGAUUUUGCCCGAAAAUUCAUCCGGAGGUUUCAGCAGUUUACUGUUGCCAGUAUUCAGAUUGCAGUGGUUCAUUCUUCAAUUGGUUGCGGAAAGCGCAGUGUUAAUAGCAUCUUCUGUUUAUUUCGAGAUUUUCACUUUCUCGGUAGAAUCUACAUGUGUAUCUGGUCCAGGCUUACUGAACAUACGGUGAAAGUUGUAAGCUGUAACUUUGGUUGUUUCACUCGUGAAAUAUAUAGAUGCAUUUCUUACUGAAAA